AUGGCAGCCAAUAAAGUCCUCUGCCUCGUUGAGCUCCUCGAGCUAAUUCUACUAAAUCUCCCCAUGCGCGAUCUCCUCCUUGUACAGCGUGUCUGUCGGCAAUGGAGAGCAUGCAUCCGGUCCAGCAGCAGACUAAAGCAGAAACUCUUCCUCCAGACCCCCGAACCCUGUCCACGGCCAGACACAAAUCUCGAGGUCGAAAUGAACCCUCUCCUCCAGGAAACAUUCCCCGCAUUCUUCACCCACCUCGAGACCCUCGACCGGGGCACUUUCAACGACACAAAAGCAGAUAGCAGCACGCUCUCAGACGAGCGCCUCAGCCUACUCCGGGUCGCGUCCUGUAACCCCAGUCUAAAGGCACAGGGGUGGUACCAGGACCCCUCCCGUCGCGAGGCCGUCUUGCGCCGCGAAGCCUCCUGGCGCCGAAUGUUCCCCUCGCACCCGCCGCCGCGCCAGGGCGUUUUCCACGCGCAUCAGGUCGGAUGUGGCUGCGGCGCCCCCAGACUGCGCGCGGGUCGCCUCGGGGAGAGGCAUCGGCGGUUCAACCGCAGUCCGGGUGCGCGCAUGUGGUUGAUCUGGGACGCGGUGAUGUUCCUCCGGGAUGAUUUCCCCUCGGGGGUUUUCUCUGUCUCGUGGUGGCGGAGGAGGGCGCCGGUCGGGGAUGCGGGGGUUCAGGGGGAGAAUGAUCUCGGAUCCGCGGAGAUGAAGAGCUGGAUACUCGAGCUGGUGGUGGAUACGCGGCCCACAUGGGAUUGUUAUUCGGCUUGCAGGGGAUACAAGCCGACCGGGUUUGGGAUCGCCGAGCACGAGGAUCUCAUCGCGUAUGAUGACUAUAAGGACUAUGAGAUGGUAAUGGCCAAAAUCACCAAGCAUGAAGCGCCGCCUGUCAGUGUGAUGAAGAAGUUUGUGCGCGAGGCAAAGGCCAAAGUCGAUGCGGCCAAGCAUCGGCAUUGGCUGGCGGACAGGAGCGAGGACUCGGAGGAUCCGGACGAAUGCAGUACGGAGGAUCUCCACUCCUUGGUCGAGCAUUAUCAUGGGAUUCUGAAGCAAAAGUCACUGCCGCAGAGGCCAGGAUGA